CCCCUCGCUCCAGGCGGCGGCGGUGGCCGCGGAGGACGAGCGAGACCCGCCGCCGGGGCACAACAUGGCGGAGCCCUCGGCCCCGGAGAGCAAGCACAAGUCGUCUCUCAACUCGUCCCCGUGGAGCGGCCUCAUGGCUCUGGGGAACAGCCGCCACGGGCACCACGGGCCCGGAGCCCAGAGCGCUUCCAGGGCGGCGGCGGCGCCGAAGCCGGGGCCCCCCGCGGGGCUGUCCGGGGGCUUGUCGCAGCCGGCCGGGUGGCAGUCUUUGCUCUCCUUCACCAUCCUCUUCCUGGCCUGGCUGGCCGGCUUCAGCUCGCGCCUCUUCGCCGUCAUCCGCUUCGAGAGCAUCAUCCACGAGUUCGACCCGUGGUUUAACUAUAGAUCAACUCAUCAUCUUGCAUCUCAUGGGUUCUAUGAGUUCUUAAAUUGGUUUGAUGAAAGAGCAUGGUACCCACUAGGAAGAAUCGUGGGUGGCACCGUUUACCCAGGAUUGAUGAUAACAGCUGGCCUUAUUCAUUGGAUUUUAAAUACAUUGAACAUAACAGUUCACAUCAGAGAUGUAUGUGUGUUCCUUGCACCAACUUUUAGCGGCCUUACAUCUAUAUCUACGUUCCUGCUAACUAGAGAACUUUGGAACCAGGGAGCAGGGCUCUUAGCUGCCUGCUUCAUUGCUAUUGUACCCGGGUACAUAUCUCGGUCGGUAGCGGGAUCCUUUGAUAACGAAGGCAUUGCGAUUUUCGCACUUCAGUUCACUUACUACUUAUGGGUGAAGUCUGUGAAAACCGGGUCUGUGUUUUGGACAAUGUGCUGCUGCUUGUCGUAUUUCUACAUGGUCUCUGCGUGGGGAGGUUAUGUGUUCAUCAUCAACCUCAUCCCUCUCCAUGUGUUUGUGCUGCUCCUGAUGCAGAGGUACAGCAAGAGAGUCUACAUAGCAUAUAGCACUUUCUACAUUGUGGGUUUAAUAUUAUCCAUGCAGAUACCUUUUGUGGGAUUCCAGCCAAUCAGGACAAGCGAGCACAUGGCAGCUGCAGGUGUCUUUGCGCUGCUGCAGGCUUAUGCGUUUCUGCAGUAUCUGAGAGACCGGUUGACAAAGCAGGAGUUCCAGACCCUUUUCUUUUUGGGUGUCUCACUAGCUGCAGGCGCUGUGUUCCUUAGUGUCAUCUAUCUGACAUACACAGGUUACAUUGCACCAUGGAGUGGCAGGUUUUAUUCAUUAUGGGAUACUGGGUAUGCAAAAAUACACAUUCCAAUUAUUGCAUCAGUGUCUGAACAUCAGCCUACGACAUGGGUGUCUUUCUUCUUUGAUCUACAUAUUCUUGUGUGUACCUUCCCAGCAGGCCUAUGGUUCUGCAUCAAAAAUAUCAACGAUGAAAGAGUAUUUGUUGCUCUGUAUGCGAUCAGUGCUGUCUACUUUGCUGGAGUAAUGGUACGGCUGAUGCUGACUCUGACCCCAGUCGUCUGCAUGCUGUCUGCAAUUGCCUUCUCCAGUGUUUUUGAGCACUAUUUGGGGGAUGACAUGAAAAGGGAAAACCCACCUGUGGAGGACAGCAGUGACGAGGAUGACAGAAGAAGCCCAGGAAACUUGUAUGACAAGGCAGGGAAAGUGAGAAAGCAUGUGACGGAGCAGGAGAAGCCGGAGGAGGGCUUGGGCCCCAACAUCAAGAGCAUCGUGACCAUGCUCAUGCUCAUGCUCCUCAUGAUGUUCGCUGUGCACUGCACCUGGGUCACCAGCAACGCCUACUCCAGCCCCAGUGUGGUCCUCGCCUCCUACAAUCAUGAUGGAACCAGAAAUAUCUUAGAUGAUUUUAGAGAAGCAUACUUUUGGUUGAGACAAAACACGGAUGAACACGCCAGGGUCAUGUCCUGGUGGGACUAUGGCUAUCAGAUUGCUGGGAUGGCCAACAGGACUACUCUGGUAGACAAUAACACCUGGAACAACAGCCACAUUGCACUGGUAGGAAAAGCUAUGUCUUCUAAUGAAACAGCCGCCUAUAAAAUCAUGAGGUCUCUUGAUGUUGAUUAUGUGUUGGUCAUUUUUGGAGGAGUUAUUGGCUAUUCUGGUGAUGAUAUCAACAAGUUCCUCUGGAUGGUCAGGAUAGCUGAAGGGGAGCACCCAAAAGACAUUCGGGAAGGCGACUACUUCACCCAGCAGGGAGAGUUCCGAGUGGACAGAGCCGGGUCUCCUACUCUGUUAAAUUGCCUUAUGUAUAAAAUGUCAUACUACAGAUUUGGAGAAAUGCAGCUAGAUUUUCGCACACCCCCCGGUUUUGACCGAACACGUAAUGCUGAGAUCGGAAAUAAGGACAUUAAAUUCAAGCAUUUGGAGGAAGCCUUUACAUCAGAGCACUGGCUUGUCAGGAUAUAUAAAGUGAAAGCACCCGACAACAGGGAGACAUUAGGUCACAAGCCUCGAGUCACCAACAUCUUCCCCAAACAGAAGUAUUUGUCAAAGAAGACUACUAAAAGGAAGCGUGGCUACGUUAAAAAUAAGCUAGUUUUUAAGAAAGGCAAGAAAAUGUCUAAGAAGACUGUUUAAAUACACUGUCUGGCCUGACUUGCAGCAGUCCUUGUGAGAACCCGUCUUUGCCUUCCGCUCGUGUCCUGCUUCACAGCACCAAGGGUACAGAACAUCGCUGGGCCAAGUCAAUGUACAAAAUUUUCUGGCAAUGCCUCAUUUAAAAUUAAAUUGGUUUAUUGAGAACA